AUGACCAUGUUUGAAAAUGUCACCCGGGCCCUGGCCAGACAGCUAAACCCUCGCGGGGACCUGACGCCCCUUGACAGCCUCAUCGACUUCAAGCGCUUCCACCCCUUCUGCCUGGUGCUGAGGAAGAGGAAGAGCACGCUCUUCUGGGGCGCCCGCUACGUCCGCACGGACUACACCCUCCUGGACCUGCUGGAGCCUGGCAGCGCCCCCUCGGAUCCAACAGACUCUGGGAACUUUGGCUUUAAGAAUAUGCUAGAUGCUCGAGUGGAGGGAGAGGUGGAUGUGCCAAAGACGGUGAAGGUGACGGGGACCGCAGGGCUGUCCCGGAACAGCACUCUGGAGGUCCAGACGCUCAGUGUGGCUCCCAAGGCCCUGGAGACCUUACAUGAGGAGAGGAAGCUGGCAGCAGACCACCCGUUCCUGAAGGAGAUGCGUGAGCGGGGGGAGAACCUGUACGUGGUGAUGGAGGUGGUGGAGACUGUGCAGGAAGUGACUCUCGAGAGAGCCGGCAAGGCAGAGGGCUGCUUCUCCCUCCCCUUCUUCGCCCCACUGGGGCUCCAGGGAUCUGUAAACCACAAGGAGGCUGUAACCAUCCCCAAGGGCUGUGUCCUGGCCUUCCGAGUGAGACAGCUGAUGGUCAACGGCAAAGAUGAGUGGGACAUCCCGCACAUCUGCAGCGACACCAUGCAGACCUUCCCUCCCGGAGAAAAACCAGAAGAGAAGUUCACACUUAUCCAGGCAUCUGAUGUUGGCGAGGCACACGAGGACUUCAGGACCCUGAAAGAAGAGGUUCAAAGAGAGACCCACGAAGUGGAGAAGCUGAGCCACAGAGGGCAAAGCUCCCUGCUCAGCUCCCUCAGCAAACUUCUAGGGAAGAAAAAGGAGCUGCAAGACCUUGAGCUCACGCUUGAAGGGGCUCUAGACAAGGGACAUGAAGUGACCCUAGAGGCACUCCCAAAAGAUGUCCUACUCUCAAAGGAGGCUAUGGGUGCCGUCCUGUAUUUCCUUGGAGCCCUAACAGUGCUAAGCGAAGCCCAACAGAAACUGCUAGUAAAGUCCAUGGAGAGAAAGAUCCUACCUGUGCAGCUGAAGCUGGUGGAAAGUGCAAUGGAACAGAACUUCCUGCAGGAUAAAGAGGGGGUUUUCCCCCUGCGACCCGAGUUGCUUUCCUCCCUUGGGGAAGAGGAACUGACCCUCACGGAGGCCCUUGUGGGGCUGAGCGGCCUAGAAGUGCAGAGGUCGGGCCCCCAAUACAUGUGGGAUCCAGACACCCUCCCCCACCUCUGUGCCCUGUAUGCUGGCCUCUCCCUCCUUCAGCUGCUGACCAAGGCCUCCUAA